AUGCUCUGCUGGGUAGUAAAUGGGUAUUGUUCUGGUUCAGUCCUCUGUCAUUUUGGUGGUAUGGCGCCUAAGCGCUGUCAUGCGGAGCCGAAGCACUACCGAGUAAGGUAUGUAAAGAUAUAUGGAACUUGGUGGACAGUGGAUGGAUGCUUCUGGAUGGCUGGCGCUAUAGGGCGCUCAAGCGUGGGAAAGCGCGCGCGCAUAUACAUCGUGAAGCGCGGGAAGUUGCGCGCACAUUGUGCGAUGCGCGGGAAAGCUGCGCCUCAUGUAGGAAUAGCUGUAGGAAGCAUACAGAGUGAUGCUACAAUGCAGAUAUGGGUAUGUGUACAGGUUUUCCUUCCGGGUAUCAACAACCCUGUGAGGGUAAACCUGCGGGUGUCAAGAAGGAGGAGUGGAUGUUGGGAUCCAACGAAUCCAAAGGAGAGACCGCUGAAGGGACAAGAGCCGAGGGAGAGACACAGCAACUGGCCAAAGGAUAGAGCCAGAGGAGAGGACAUCGAGUGCGAGUACAUCCAAACAGAGAAUGGGAACGACGUGUCAUGGUUGGCUCGUAUGGGUAGGGGUGCAGGUAUCAUAAUAUCCGACCUGUACCCAUACCACACACAUACCCGUACCCCACACCUGCACGGUUCCCUAGUCGGCUCCACUCCAAGUGCUCGACAGCCCCAAAGCCCUGAACCCGCACCUGCAAGUUCCAGUGCACAUGAACUCUCACCUGCUCAAAAAACCCAGGAUCCUCCACCACCCACCGUUCUCACUCCCGAACUAAAUCUUGGCCAGUCUUUCAACUCAGGCACUGCAAAGUCUGAAGCACUUGACCUGAAGCUUGUCAAGGCAGCCUUACUUGUGGAUGCAACAAGCGAAGGUGGCAUUGUGAAUCUUUACUUGGGUGUCAGAGAAAGACCACUGUCUUACUAG